UUAUGACCAGGAUCUUUCUCUGCUUGUUGUCUUAAGCAAAUGAGAGUUUUCAGUAAUCUCUGUACCACAGAGGGACAGACACCCAAUGUCUCAAACAUUGGGACGAGAAUUCAUGGGUAAGCAGUUCUCCCCCUGAGGCGGUCAGCAGCAAUGGUGUGAUAAGUGCCCUUGCUCAUCCCUGGUUUCAAUGACGCAGAUGACAGGAACACAAUCCAGAUACAGUCAAAUAGCUGGUGAUUGUCUAUACCUGCAAAGUUUUUGAUUAGCCGUCUUUGCACUGAAUGAGUAGCUAUAAGAAGGUAUUUUACCUGAUAUUAAAAUAUCCUUCAAUAGCUUAGCCACUCACGAGCCCAACCAGAAAGGCCAUCAAGGUCAGCCAAACAUUCGUCUUUGCACACAAAAUCAAAAAAAGACACCAUUUGAGAAGCCUGUGAGGAAGAUCUGAAGGAGCUGUUUUUGCUCUGUUAUUUUAGUAUCAAGCAAGUACAAAGCUAUUUGUGUCGCCUAUAUUGUGCCUUUCACGCUGGUCUCUUCUCUAAAUCUCUCUCUUCUGUUUGUCCUGCAGAUCUGCGGGAAUAGCACCCCGGCACCACAUUCCGAGAGAUCCCGAAUUUUUGCACACCCUUGCCAGGUAUAGGAGUGCAGCACGAGACAGACGGAAGAAUAUUGUUUUUAACGUUUUUCCAAGUCCCCAAGGACUUGCUUUUCUAACUGCAACUUUACUGGGGAGGGGAAGCACCCUCAGCAUAUGGGAGAGGUUUGCCCGACAAAGGAUCCGUCGCGUAGAAGCUUCCCCAAGAUCAAGCUGGGGGGAAGAAAAGCUUUCGGUGGUUUCUGGAUUUAGCGUGUCCCUCGGCAAGGAGCCGGCCUUUCUCACCAGCCUGCCAUUCAAGCCGCUCAGGUCAGACUGUGGCGGGAGGCUCAGGGGGGGCGAAAAAACACAGAAAUAAAGACCACAACGGCACUGCAUCCGGAAAACAAACAUCCCUUUUGUUCUUCCGUUGGCCCGAAGGAGAUCUGGCCUGGAAAUAUAGAUAUAUAAUCCCCGCUUGGUCUAAUCUGUUCCUGUUUAAAGAAGAGAGACACGGUGCCAGCUCAUGCGCAGGCCUCUCCUGCGCAGAGAUUAACCCCCCGGUCUCCUGCAGGAGUCAGGCAGCGCGGAGCAGUGCGGCGCAGCAGGGACAUAUCUGGGAGCAGAUCACUCUGGGCAACAGGAUGCCGGCGAAGACGCCAAUGUAUCUGAAGACGUCCACCCCGAAACGGGGCAAGAAGCUCAAGCUGCGGGACAUCCUGUCUGGGGAUAUGAUCAGCCCGCCCCUGGGGGACCUGCGCCACAGCGCGCACGUGGGGCCCGAGGGCGAGACGGACAUGUUCGGGGACGUGGGCUUCAUCCAGGGCAAGCUGGACCUCCUCCCCGGGAUGAGCCGGGCCCGGUCCCGCAGCGCGGAGAGGGGGAGGGCCGAGAACCCCCCGGCGGACAAGAGGGGCCAGCAGCCGGCCGGCACCGCGCCCACCCUGCUCAAGAACACCGUCUCCCUGCCCGUCUUCAGCCCCGAGCAGGCGCCCCCCAAGCCCCCCCGCCUCCACCUUGAGGAGACCCCGCCGGCGCAGCGCUCCAUGUCCGUGAGCUGCGAGGGGCCCCGCGUCGUCUACAGCGACCCCGAGCUCAGCCACUCGGCCUCCAUCCCGGCGUUCGGCCGCCUGGUGGCGUCCUCUGGCUCCUUCUCCGAGGCGUCCUCCGAGGACUCGGUGCUGGGGGUCGGCCCGCCCCUGGACGCCAGGCGGGGGCUCAGCCUCGACUCGGACGCGGGCCUGAGCAACGAGGACCUGCAGAGCGAGCGCAGCGAGUCCCCCGGGGUCCCCAACUCCGAGUCCCUGCUGGGGCUGGACCUGGACUUGGGGCCGUCCAUCCUGGAGGACGUGCUGAGGAUCAUGGACCAGUACAAGGCGCAGGACGGGGACUACGAGCUGUGACACCUCACCCUGGCUGCCGAUUCCUUUGUCAUGGACUUGAUGAUGAGCUACCUGCGUUACCAAUAGUGUAGAAAAAACCUGAAAUGCCACCGUAACCCCAGAGGUUUGAGAGGAGCAGGACCCAACUAGUGACACAGAUUUGAUAUAACUGAGGGGGGCUUCGAGGCAGAUGAGGACACAAUUUAAAUAUGCUGCCAUAUUCUUGUGCUCGCCAAAACACGUCUGCUCCGCAGCUCUGAGAAAACCUCAUGGUGGCUUUUUAACGGAACCCAGCCCCACUGUGACGCUCGGAUAUACUCCUCAAUGUUACAAAAACAACUCCUGUGGUGUCAGCCAGCCCUGUGCGUCCGCACUCGCAAAAGCACAAGUGACACCGCGCUGCUGCUCCGUUCUGUGCUGGUGGUGCGCCGCGCACACCUGAUCACACCACACCACCUUCCGAGCUCCCUGCUUCUCGGCUUCAGCCAGUGAGAGGACGUGGGGCAGGCAGCACAUUGAGCCCUGAGAAAGACUCUGCCCUGCUUCAGGUGCUGCCCCUGCUCACGAAAUGCAACCUUACUUGUUUCUCCACAGCCAGGGGCUUGAGCGAUGAAGGACAGAGAGACACAGAGACUGCGCCUGUGUGGAUGAAAUUACUGAAAAGACGGAAGGUGGUGGAAUCAGGUGAUCCUAAACACUUGUCAUCUGCUAGGAAUCUAAAAGAGAUCCUUAAGGUGUGAGCAAGAAGUUCUCAAAUGAUAUUUUCCUUUUCUACAAAACUAACAAAGACGUUAAAUGAAAACUGAGCAAUGCUACUGAGCUGUAUCUAGACCGAAACUUGGAAUUCUUUUGUGAGUUUAUUUUCAUGCACAUUGGUUGAUUCAAAUUUCCACCUUCCUUUUCUUUCAGCCUGAAAAUGGCAGCAGUCUUUUUACAUGAAAUACAACCGAUUUACUGAUUUUUUACUGAUUUACUGAGAAUCACGUAUACAAAAAACACCAUCUCGUGGGCCUGUGUUUAAAAUGUGUGUUAGUCUUGUUACUCCUUGACCAGGAAACUGUGACUCCAGAGGCAUGGAAAGAUGACUCGCACUGCAGAGCAGUUUUAAUUCAUUUCAGGGUGUAAAAUCAAAUAUUGGACACAUCCGUUUCAAAGUGUCAAUUUAUCUGUUGAGUUUCAGACAGAUUAAGGUCACAAUGAAACAUUCUGAGUUUCUCUGUUGUUGGAUUGAGUACUACAGCUUUUGCUUUGUAAAACUGGGAUGUGGCUCAUACUGCGAUGCAUUGGGAGUCUUUAUUCCACCUCUGAAAUAUAUCAAAAUGUUCAAUCACCUGACCAUAACUGGACGAUGAAUCAACACAGGAAGAUGGUGAUUAUUCUACGCACUCAGAAAUCUUGCAUGGACAUAUAUACUGAAAUCACUAUUCAAAAUAAUUUAUAAGGACAUUUAGUGCAUUUAUCUCUUUAGAGGAUAAGAUGGGAAGUACUGUUUACAAAUUCUAAAAGCUGGCAUAAAUAUAUAUAUUUAUUUUAUUGGAAGACUUUCGAUAGUUUUAACAAACCGUUCACCGGUCCAGUUCAACAGUUCAACUGUGGUUGCCGAGCAGUACUACACUUGGCUCGUACGGCCAUCUAGUGGAAGGAGAGGGUAGUACACCUGGUAAUUGGUCGGUACCAGAAGCGGCCUGGAGAAGCGCAGCUCUCUUGCUUUUCUGAAGGUCACGAAAUCGACACAUUUAAAAACCUGAAACGACCGAAUAAUCCUAAAAGCUAUGCCUUAAAGCGAAGCCGGUUCAUUUUCUUCAUUUUUUUCUUGGCAGGACUGUGUGUUGAGACUGAGUUAUGCUACUGGGAUGUGGUGACAGAUGGAAAGAAAUGAUUUCUGUUGUAAUUCUGCAUUUUUUUAAAUCUCCGUUAAUGUUCACAAUCUGUUUUGAUUUCUGAAUGUUUUAAGACGUGUUUCAGGCCCUGCUUGAAUUUAAUACAUUUUCCAUCACUGUUCUGGGGAUUCUAAUAAUUGCACAGAUCUAAGCACUGGGGGAGAGGUUUGAUGUGCUCAGCUCAGUGGGUAAUAGCAUGAUGAAGAUGCUGAUGAUGACGAAGAUGAGGUGUGUAAGAGUUCAGCCGGAAUGCAGACCAGACAACUGCUUGGAGGAAUGUGACUGGAUACUGUUGCCUUUCAAUGGAUUGCUGGGAACUAAAAUGAAACUGUCGUCUGGGAAGUAGGUAUCUGCUGUGCUGUGGACUGUGCAAGGUAGAUGAAGGAGAGGAGAAAGUCCAAAUAAAUGCGUGGAAAAAAGAAAGAGACAAUCAAGGAAAAAUGUUUUUUUGAAACGAUGAUUUUCUGUUCUGGAUGGAACAUUAUUUCGCAGUUUUUGUUACGUUCUGAUUGACAUGAAGAGGAACACCAUGCAAGUGACUGUUGCAGUUAUUUAUUCUGAAAUCUUCAGCUCAAGGCAAGCGGGACGACUACAGUCAGUGACAUGUUGCAGCGAACAUUUCUCUAGUUUCAGAAGUUGCCCUUCCUCAGCGUGGUGUGACAUCUGUCUCUGUAGUACAAAAUGACAACCUUUUUUAAAACAAAAAAUGUUUCUAUAUGUAUUUAGCCUCGGUAUUGAGGUCAAUAAAUAUGAAUGUUAAAGCAGA